AUGGAAAUAAAAAGUUUGCCAAAUGAACUUCAAGAGGAAAUAUUCACAUAUCUCAAUUGUAAUGAAUUAAUGGCUAUGAUGCUAGUGGAUAAAUAUACAAAAAGUAUUAUUGAAAGCUCGCCAAUAUUGAUGAGUAAUUUGCCGAUACUCAUUAUUGAUGAGGAUGAAUUCUACGAUGACAACGAAAGGUCUAUUGAACCCAUUUUGGAAUCGACACGUCGAGCGACAAAGAUUGUUAUUAAAUUGAAAAGAGAUAAAAUUAUGAAGUAUUUGGUGAUUUUUAAAAAGUUUAGUGACACAGUUCGGGAAUUGGAAAUUCAUGAUUAUGGAUUUGAGACAAUCGAUCAAAUGAGAAUUGUAUUGAGGCAUUUGUACAAUCUCAAGAGGCUAACUGUGAUAAAUGUAACGUUCUUAAAACCUGAAAAUGAAUUCCUCAAUUCUAUUGUUCAAGUCCCAAAACUAUCAAUGCUUGAAUUACGCGAAAUAAACUGCGUAAAUACCGACGAGAAAAUGUUCGCGCUCUUUGCAAACAACUACGACAUUCAAUUACGAAAGAUAAGGCUCAAAUGUGAUGGUCGGAAUACAUCUAACUGCUUAGAUUUUUGCGAGAUGAUGACUCAACAAGCUUACGUGAAGUCAUUGACAUUUGAAAAUGUGACGUCAAAAAAUUGUAACAUUUUCAAUUAUGAGAAUUUCCUUCAAUGUCAAUUGAGGCAUUUGGAGAUAGUGAACUGCCAGUUGUCGAGAGAACAUAUGAAGGUCAUGCUGAACAUGAUUAAAAAUCAACAGAAUUUAGAAACAAUUAAAGUUAUCAACACGCCGAUUCCAUCGUCUCUCGAUAUUAUUUUUGUUUAUCGACAAAUGUUUUCAAAUCCGAUAAAGGAAGUGCACGUGGAUAUAAAUGACUUGUCAUUCUUUCACAGUCAUAGCUUUACGAAUCGCUCGAUUAGAAACUUAACAAUUCACGGGAAUUUCGCAUUCGAAAAUCUUCCAAUUUUCAUCAAUUUCAUCAAAAUCUUUCCAAAUGUUGAGCAUUUAAAGCUAGUCGGUGAUAUGCCAAUAAGCGAUAAAUAUUUAUUUCAUAUUUUAUCAACCUUUUCCAAUCUCGAAGAACUCUCCAUACCCGGCUUCACAUCACGUACUAUCGAUUCGAAUUUCUCAAAUCUCUCAUGUCUCGAUGUUAAACUUAAAACCUUAAUUCUCGAUUACAUUGAUUAUGAUGUAAAGUUCUUCGGAUGGAAAAAUAUUGUGAGCAAUGUGAAUUCGAUUGAAAAGCUGAUUAUAAAGCGCGAUUACUGUAACGUAUCGAAUGAAAUUGUUGAUAUUAUAAUUAAGAAAUUAAAGCUAAAGCAUCUAGAACUUGGAUGUGGAGUUGUGUCUGAAGAUAUUCUACGAAAUAUAGUGUACAAUAAUUGUGCUGAUGAACUGAGGGUCCUGAAAAUUACACAAAGUGAUUUCGAUAAGAUUAAGUGCAUUUUUGAUUUCAAUAAGCUGUUCAAGAGUAACAGAUUGCUGCUAUCUCUAUGCAAUGAUGGAUAUUUCGUUAAAUGA